AUAAUUCUAAGAUAAGGUAAUACAAAAAAAUCGACUGUAUAUGGACCCUGAUCAAAAUGAGUUUGACACUGCUGAAAAAGAGAACUGUAUUUUUUUUCUGUGGGGAAUGAGGAUUUAAUAAGUUAAAUCCGCAGAAUCAUUGAUACAAACGUGGAACUUAAUGCACCACUGACUCACGGAGCACUCUUCGAGUUUGCAUCUUACGAGGUGGCACUUGAACGCAGCAUCGCUCUGAUUCAGUCGAGCACGCGGCCAUUCACAGUUUAAGGUCCCUCCGGUGACUCUGAACGACUCGCCGGUCCUCCUCUUCCUCCUCCGUCCGUCGUCUUAUAGGACGCGUUAGGGUCUCUUUUUUUUAUGUUAUUUCUUUACCUGCGAGUUCAAAGUCCGGGUCGAGCGUGUGUCAAACGAUGCUGGUGAAGUUGCAAAGUAAUGAGCGAGGAUGCUGAAGCCGCCGGCAAGCCCGCUUUGUUCGCAGGAGCGCAGGGCUUUUGUGCCGCGGUCAUCCCGCAGCUCGUCCCCUGCUGCUUUGUCUUCACUUGUCUGCCCUCGGAUACCACCGACCGUGAGCUGUGUGGUUUGUCAGCGUUGGACUGCAGCCACCAACCACAGCAGCAGGUCCCGACCAUGAGCCUGUACGGGGCCGGGGCCGGGGCCGGCGCCAGCGGCGGUGCUGUCGGUGAAGUAGUCGGCGGCGCCGUCGGUGGAGCUGUCGGCGGGGCAAGAGAACGAGAGCGAGGAGGAGGAGGAGGAGGAGGAGGAGGAGGAGGAGCGGUAGCGGAGCAUUAUCGGGAGCAACGGAGGCGCUCCAGCGAUCAUUCCCGUGACUCCUCGCAUGAGAGAGGAGAGGGCCAGCUGACGCCGUGCAUCAGGAACGUUACCUCUCCCACUCGACAGCAUGAUCGCGAACGUGGCGACGGAGGUUCGUCCUCCAGGUCCUCCAGUCCACGACCCCCCAGGGUUUCUCUCUCCUAUUCCCACAUAGGUGGAGCUCUGAUUGGGGGCCACAUACCUCGGUCCCUGGGUCCCCCGGGGAGCGACCACCACUCCAAAUCCGGACCCUGCGAUAUGAUAUACGUGUACGACAUCAGCAGUAAAGAGCAUCGCAGCGGGCUGAGGCUGGGGGAAAGAGUGACGCUUAUUGUGGAUAACACACGAUUUGUGGUGGAUCCCGCGAUCUUCACGGCGCAGCCCAACACCAUGCUGGGCAGGAUGUUCGGCUCAGGACGAGACAACAACUUCACUCGGCCCAACGAAAAGGGCGAGUUCGAGGUGGCCGACGGAAUCAGCUCCACCGUCUUCAGAGCCAUCCUGGAUUACUACAAGUCCGGGAUAAUCCGCUGCCCUGACGGCGUCUCCAUCCCCGAGCUGAGGGAGGCAUGUGACUACCUCUGCAUCUCCUUCAACUACAGCACCAUCAAGUGCAGAGACCUCAGCGCCCUGAUGCACGAGCUGUCCAACGACGGAGCGCGCCGUCAGUUCGAGUGUUACCUGGAGGAGAUGGUGCUGCCUUUGAUGGUGGCCAGCGCUCAGAGCGGGGAGAGGGAGUGUCACGUGGUGGUGCUGACCGACGACGACGUGGUGGACUGGGACGAGGAGUACCCGCCGCAGAUGGGGGAGGAGUACUCGCAGAUCAUCUACAGCACCAAACUCUACCGCUUCUUCAAAUACAUCGAGAACAGAGACGUGGCCAAGUCUGUGCUGAAGGACAGGGGGCUGAAGAAGAUCCGACUGGGAAUAGAAGGAUACCCGACCUACAAAGAGAAGGUGAAGCGGCGCCCCGGGGGCCGCCCGGAAGUCAUCUACAACUACGUGCAGCGUCCGUUCAUCCGCAUGUCCUGGGAGAAGGAGGAGGGGAAGAGCCGCCACGUGGACUUCCAGUGCGUCAAGUCCAAGUCCACCACCAACCUGGCGGCCGCCGCCGCCGACAUCCCCCAGGACCAGCUGGUGGUCAUGCACCCGCCGGGGCCGCAGGUGGACGAGCUGGACACGCCGCCCCAGCCGCCGGGAGCGGCGGAGAACAGCGCGGGCCCCCAGCUGGCGGCCCCCUACGAGGGCCCCAACCAGCAGGCUCAGGACAGCCAGAACCAGGCCCCACACGGCCUGGCCCUCAGCAACCAGCAGCAGCAGCAGCACAGCAGCAGCAGCAGUCACACUCAGGCCACGUACCACUACGAGCCAGACCCCGACUCGCCGUCACCUUCUGCAUGAUAUGCCCCCCUCCACCCCUCCCCUCCCUCCUCCUCACCCCUCAUUAUGUUCACACUUCAAGCAGCAAAGCCCACGUCACCGCACUGAGCCACAGUUAAACAUAGGAAGUGAGGAAAAAAAAAAAAGAAAAAGCCAGAAAGCACAGAGUCGACCUCCUCAGCUAAAAUUAAAGCACUUCUGGCCUCUUGUUGCUUCUAGUGUGAACACCCACCACUCUUUUCUCCUCCUCCUCCUCCUCCUCCUCUUCCUCUUCCUCCGAGUGGCGAACCACCACUUUGCCUUCUGCUGCAGCCUUUUUCUCAGUCGACACGGCGCCCCCAACGAACGAACGAACGAGAACUUUAAAGCACAUCAGCGGAACCACCUCCUUUUUAUUUAUCUCCCAGAAGGAGUUCAUCUGUACACGCACACAAAAAAAAAAGAAAGACAGUUUUACAUGAAGAAGAAGCCCGAGUGCGUGUGUGUGUGUGUUUUUGUUGGUUGCUGUACAACAAUGAAGAGGUGGAGUCCCUCUUCACAGUUUACUCAGAGGCACACGAUGUCGAUUCACUUUUUCCUGGUUGUAUGUGAAGGCCUUUUUGGUUUGUUUUGUUUUUUUGUUAUGUUUUUUUACACGGCGCAGAUGAGAUUUUUUUCACUCUGGUUAAAUUUGGUUCGUUUGUUUGUACUGAUUUCUGAUCCCUGGUCACCGAGCGACGUCGGGGAAACACGUUCAGCACCGGUUUUUUGUUUUGAUUUUUCUAAUAAAGAGAAUUCACAAGAAGAA